CUUUUAAUUCUCUUAUGUUCUGUGCUCUUAACAUUGACACUGGUGUCCCCUAUCUGCCUACUUUUUUCUGUGGUUUAACUCGUUUUUAAUACCUCGCCAGAAUGAUCGUGCUUGGAGUGGAUCUCAGCUGCCCGGUCAUACAAAUUUUGAUUGCGUUGGCGUUGGUGGCAGGGCUCACUGUGGUUUCGCUGCUCAAGUUUUACGCCUACAUUUCCUGCGGUUACUACAGGGGUAAGGUGAGGAUGAACGGGAAAACGGUGAUCAUCACCGGGCCCACGGGCGGACUGGGCAAGGAGACCGCCAGGGAAAUCGCCAAGAAGGGGGCCAGGGUUAUUUUGGCCUGCAGAAACGUCGAGAGCGGGAACAGGACUAAAGAUGAACUUAUUGAAUCAACGAAAAACGAAAACAUAGUGGUACGAAAAUUGGACGUGUCAUCUCUAAAAUCAGUUCGAGAAUUUGCCCAGGAGAUUAACAGAACAGAGCAAAGGUUGGACGUUCUCAUCCACAAUGCCGGGACUGCCGAAAAAUCGAUCAAAAUGACUGAAGAUGGUUUGGAGACAACCAUGGCCACAAACCACUUCGGACCGUUCUUGCUUACACAUCUCCUAAUUGAUCUCCUAAAAAGGUCAGGGCCAAGCAGAGUCGUCGUGGUGGCUUCAGAACUGUACAGAUUAUGUUCCCUCAACGUGAACCAGCUGAACCCUGAAAGAUCCUGGUUCCCUCUUUGGAUCUACUACAUCUCAAAAUACGCCAACAUCUAUUUCACCAACGAACUCGCAAAACGUUUGGAGGGAACCAACGUGACAGCGAACUGCCUUCAUCCAGGAAUGAUCGAUUCAGGAAUCUGGAGAAACGUCCCUGUACCACUUAACUGGCCCUUGCAACUCAUCAUCAAAGGUUUCUUCAAAACGCCCGCUCAAGCCUGCCACACCAGCGUGUACUUGGCAUGCGCAGAAGAGGUCGAGGGCGUGUCCGGGAAGUAUUUCAUGGAUUGCAAGGAACGUGGAUUGAGUAGUGGAGCCAUGGAUAUGAAUAAAGCCAAGAAACUGUGGGAAUUAUCAGAGCAAUACGUGCAUCUGAAGAGCCAAGACCCCAAAAUCUAAUCAAGUAUAGUAGUUUUAGGCCCUGUUAAGAUGUUAUCGCUUUAUAUGUUUUAAAUUAAAUAAAAAUUAAGUAUUAA